AUGAGAGUUGCUGUCAUCGGAGGCGGUCCUUCCGGGCUCGUCACUCUCAAGUACCUCCUCACUGCACAUCAGUUUCUCGGAGUUGAACCCAUCGAGGCUCAUCUCUUUGAAGGGGACGAUGCCGUGGGAGGAACGUUUUACGCCAGGACCUAUGAAGAUGCUGAGCUGGUCUCAUCAACUCAACUCACAACCUUUUCUGACUUCCGCGCCUCAAAGAACGAUGGAGACUUCAUGUCGGCCAAGCGAUAUGUCCAAUAUCUCAACGAGUAUUGCACGCACUUUAACCUUUGGCCGAACAUCCACCUGAACACCCGAGUCGAUUCAGUGACAAGGACACUCAAAGGGAACAAACAUGUCGUCACUUAUACUUCCAAAACAACAGGAGAGACGACGUCUGAGUGGGAGUGCGAUGCCAUCGCCGUCUGCUCCGGCCUCCACGUCACCCCUCAUAUCCCCGACAUCCCGGGUAUCGAACAUGUCCCGGUCAAGAUGCACUCCUCCCAGUUCAAAGAAAAGAAACAGUUCGGUGUCGACAAGACGGUCAUGAUUCUCGGCAGUGGUGAGACCGGUUCGGACCUCUCCUGGAUGGCAGUGACUUCACAGACCAAGCGAGUCGUCAUGUGUCACCGAAGUGGCUUUCACUUCGCGCCCAAGAGAAACCUCAGCCCUGUUCUUUUCCGCAUUCUGGGCCGCAAGUCCAGUGGUGAACUGACCGUCCCCUUAGACAACGCGCGUGCAAGCCUAUUCGACACGGCCUACGUCCAUCCCUUGCUUCGGAACCACACGGCGCUCUGGACGUUUUACAACGUUUACGUACGGACGUUCCUGUGGCUUAACACGGGUACCCCUGAGGGCUUGGAUCAAGUUGUUGGAGAACCUGAUCCGCACAAGAACCAUGUUAGCCGAAUCUUCUUCAACAAAUCCUCCAACGCCGCUCCCUACAUCUCCUACCCCUACAAACACCUCCAACCCUCCCCCACCCCUCCCACCUUUCUUUCGAGGAUCCGCUCCGCCCUCAUCGGCUCCACCCUCAAAGACACGGGCGGCCGCUACAUCGACCUGGCCCCCUGGCCCCAAUCCAUUUCUUCCCAGGGAAUCGUCACCUUCCAAAAUAACCACCGGCCCGAAUGGGAGCGCAUGCGUCAGCAGACCAUCAAACCCGACAUUGUCAUUUUCUGCACGGGGUAUAACCAGGAGUAUCCCUUUUUCUCGGCCCAUAACUCUUCCCUCGGUCGCAAGCACGGUAGUAAAGCAGCGAAGCGGCGGUACGCGGUCUCACACACAGAGCGAGAUGUCCGCGGUAUCUGGAACCGCAACGACCCUUCCGUGGGCUUCAUCGGCUUCCUGCGCCCCAGUCUAGGCGCCAUCCCGCCUCUGGCAGAAAUGCAGGCCCAGCUGUGGAUUCUGCAACUUCUCGCGCCGCAUCGGAUCCCGCGGCAACUAGACCCGAAAGAUGAAGAGCAUUACCGCUUGCAUAACCCUGCUGAUAGUCGAGUAAAAUACGGUAUUGAUCACGAGAGUUAUGUCUACCAGUUGGGACUGGAUAUGGAUUCUGCUAUGGGAUUUUCGGAAAUACUGAAGAGAGGACUUUGGGAGAGGGCAUUAUGGAAAAGGGGGGGAGAUGCGUGGAAGAACGGCACAGGGUGGAAGUUACCGCUUGUUUGGGGGCUGGGAGCGAAUUAUAAUGUCAAGUUUAGGAUGAAGGGGCCGUGGAGGUGGGAGGGGGCGGAGGAGGUGAUGGAGACGGAGUUGUGGAUGAUGAUUAAGCGGAGGAGAUGGUUUUGGGAGCACUUUUGUUUGAGUUUGUUGCCCAUGAUGAUCUUUGGGCCGGUGAGUUUGGUGGUGUGGGGGUAUGCUAGUGUGGUUGGGUUGUUGUUGGGGGUGGAUUUCACGAGGCAGGAGAAGCAGGAAGGAAUGAAGGGGGAGAUGCCGGGGAUGGGAUCGAAGAAGGCGUUGGGAGGGGGGGUGGAGGGGAAGUGGAUGAGGGAGAAGUUGCCGUUGGCGGAGCUGUAA